GUGUGAACUGUGACAGUGUGUGUGUGGAGGGCCGAUGGGGCCCAGACUGCUCCUACUCCUGUACCUGUGAGAAUGGAGGCUCCUGCUCACCGGAGGACGGGACAUGUGUGUGUGCCCCCGGAUACAGAGGCACCUCCUGCAGACGCAUCUGUUCUCCAGGGUUCUAUGGUCAGCGCUGCAGUCAGUCCUGUCCUCAGUGUAUCCAUAGCGAUGGUCCCUGUCACCACAUCACAGGACACUGUGAGUGUCUGUCAGGAUUCUGUGGCUCUCUGUGUAACCAAGUGUGUCCCAGUGGCAGGUAUGGGAAGGGCUGUGCAGAGCUGUGUAUGUGUAGUAACAACGGGACCUGUAACCCCAUCGAUGGCUCCUGUCAGUGCUACCCAGGAUGGAUCGGAGAGGACUGCUCUAAAGUGUGUCCCCAGGGUGCGUGGGGUCCAGACUGCAUCCAGACCUGUAACUGUCACAAUGGGGCUCAGUGCAUCGCUACAGACGGACAGUGUAGCUGCAGCGCAGGGUGGAGCGGACUCUACUGUACACAACGUUGUAGUUCAGGGUUCUUUGGUACCGACUGCUCUGAGGUGUGUCGGUGUCAGAACGGAGCGGACUGUGACCACAUCACUGGCCAGUGCUCCUGUCGGACCGGAUUCAUCGGACACAGCUGUGAACUCAAGUGUCGUCCCGGUACGUUUGGCUACGGCUGUCAGCAGCUGUGUGUGUGUAUGAACAACGCCACCUGUGACUAUGUGACUGGAACCUGCUACUGCAGCAUCGGAUACAAAGGCAUCCGCUGUGACCAGGCUGCCCUCAUGAUGGAGGAGCUGAAUCCUUACACUAAGAUCAGCCCGGCCUUGGCAUCAGAGCACCAGUCAGCGGGCGCUGUCAUGGGCAUCAUCUUCCUCCUCCUCUUCAUCAUGACCGUGUUGGGGGUGGUGGUGUGGUGGCGGCAUCACCAGAGAGAGAAAGGAGGGCAGCACAUGCCCAGUGUGUCCUACAGCCCUGCCCUGAGGAUCAGCAGUCAGGGUUACGCCCUCUCUGACUGUGAUGCUCGCCCAUGUGACUGUGACUGUGAGUGUGAUGCUCGCCCAUGUGACUGUGACUGUGAUGCUCGCCCCUGUGACUGUGACUGUGACUGUGAUGCUCGCCCCUGUGACUGUGAGUGUGACUGUGAUGCUCGCCCCUGUGACGGUGACUGUGACUGUGAUGCUCGCCCAUGUGACUGUGACUGUGAUGCUCGCCCCUGUGACUGUGAUGCUCGCCCCUGUGACUGUGAUGCUCGCCCCUGUGACUGUUUCCGUGGUGAGCAGGGCAUCAGUGUACAGGCUUUGUUCUCCUCUCUAGACUCCUCUCCUACCAUCAGCAACGUCAGUCGUUGUUUCACUAACCCCUCCUACCACACUCUGGGAGCAUGUACCUACGCUGGCCACUACGCCAAGCCUGACAAGAAGACCAGAAGGGCCAAGGUGAAGGACAAGAGGUUAAACAGGAAUAGUGCUCCAGAGUGGACAGCCUACUAUAACCUCGAUGAACUGGGUGUGUACCGUGUAGACAGACGCUACAGCUCCUACCAUGAACAGUACCACAGAGACUACAUGAAGGGUUCCCUGUCCAGCACCUGCUCUCUGAACAGUGAGAACCCCUACGCCACCAUCAAUGACCCACAGGCCGUGGUCUGUAAACACACAGAGAGCAGCUAUGUAGAGAUGAAGAGUCCUGUCCACCACGACAUGUCCUACUGCUCCUCUGCUAUAGUCACCACCACCGCCACACACACCGUCAGCAAGAACGUCUAUGAUGUGGAACCCAAGGUGAGUGUUCUCCAGGGCUGCAACGGUGUGGUGGUUCCCACGUACCCUCAGAACCCGUACGACCUCCCCAGGAACAGCCACAUCCCCAGCCACUACGACCUGCUGCCCCUGAGACACAGCCAGAGCUACAGCCCUACACACAGCCAGGACCACAGCCACCAGAGCCACAGCCCACCCUUGCCCGGCAGCCCUACCAGCUCCCUGCUAUAGACAGACCACUCCCGAACGCAGGGCCGCGACCUUAGACCUAUGACUUACCAUUGGGGCACGGUCUGCUCCACCUGGGGUUGCGGAUAAAGACUGUAAUGUGACUAUAGAGACAAAGUACCAGUGCAACAUCAAUG